AUGAUGAAAGAUACCCGCUGGCCAGAAAUUCCACUACUCGCCCUACGAGGUGUUCAGUUGCUCCUUGGCCUCUUAUGUCUCAGUAUGGCAGGCAACCUCAUUGAUACCUACAGUGCUCGGUCAUUCUGGGAAUUCAACAUUGUCCUUGUUUGUGGCCUCUUCUCUAUGCUGUACGCAGCAAUCAACUUUGGGCUCUUCUAUAUCAACUUGCUUCUGCCGUUGGCAAUUGUCAUCACCGAUGCGUUCUUGGUGGUUCUAUGGCUCGUGGCGGUGGCCGGAUUGGGAGACUUUGAGUCGAGGAACGGCAUCUUCGAUGAGAACUGCAGCGCCUAUGCUAGCUCUAGGCUGAGGAACACGUGCAACGUGAUUAAAGCUGCAUGGGUAUUUGCUUUCUUCAGCUUCCUCGUCUUCUGUGCCACCACCGCGCUCGCAUCCUACGUUCUCCACAAAAACCGCAAAGAUCUUCGCGGCGCAAAAUACAACAGCGGCAUGGACCCCAACGGCAAUGAAAUGGGGAACGGUCAAGCCGUGGCCCCAGUUCAAGAGCAGGUCUACCCAGAGCACAACCCCGUUGCCUACCCGCAACAGGUAUAUCAGCAGCAACAGCCUCAGGGAGUUCCUAACGAAGGCUACUAUCCUCAGUCGCCUGAGCCAGUGAUCUCGCCUCCGCAGACCCCCGCGCCAAACCCCCAACAGCAGUACGAACACCAGCAGCAGUAUGCCGCGUCACCUCCGCCCCCACCCCCUGUUAACGCACAAGAGAUGCCAACGACGUAUCGUUAA